CGCGGGUAUAGUUUGCCAUUUCGCUCGAAGCAAGGUUCACGUCGAUGGCGUCCUCAGAGCUAAUAACUACAGAAGUAGAAUCCGAAAAUCCCCUUUCUUCUCUCAUCUACGAGGUAUCUAAUGAAGCCCAAGAGAUCAUGGAGAACAUAUUUAAGACGAUCACUGAAAUCAAUCAUAGUUCUGCAGUUAUAGAAGAGGAGAUAGAGAAAUGCAAAGGUUCUGCUCUUGAGAGGAAAAGAGCCUUAAACGAAGACAGAGAUAACUUUCAAAAAGCUGCUUAUGCUGUUCUGGACAUGCUCAACAGAGAGUAAAGCGCUCUAGAUGCUGCAAAAACCAGUGCUCAUCAUAUAUGAAGCGAUUCACAUAUGUACAUUUGGAUUACUAGUAGUACAUAUAGUCUAAAAACCAUUGUUCACUCAAAAAUAAUGUGUUCGGAAAGGCAAUUAAAGAGUAUGCUGUUGCCAUAUGUGGCCAAAAUUAUCAUUGAUUAAUUUGUCAUAAAUUUUACUUGAUGGAGUGUAAAUUAUAUAUUUAGGAAUUCUUUAUUCAUUUGCCGGUCUAUGAUAUCUAAUGCUUGAGAUGUAAUAUAAAACUAUUCUUGUGCUUUUACCCUAAGCUUUCGGGGAGCUGUUGACUUAGUUCCACACGCAUGAUAUAAUCAAAUCUUCUUUGAGAUGUUAACGUGUAUCUCAACGGUACAUACGGUUCAAUUCAAAGAAAGCGAUUAUCCACGCAUCAUCAGGUAACUUUAAGGUCCCUUUAGGGAAAAACGACGAAGGGAAGUUUUCUAUUUUUAUGGGCUUUUCUUCUGUUCUUAAUUUAUCCAAUAUAUCCUUUCUCAGAAACAUGGUUUAAAGAAGGAUAUUGAAGAGCUUUGGGACUUCCUUGCAGAAUUCUGUACUUUGGCAGUCAUUGCUCUGUCAUAUACUAAUUGCAUAUAAGUUUGCCUAAAGUUUUAGCUCUGCCAAUGCAACGUUUACCAUCCAAGGAGUUUUGUGCAUCCUUUUCUUAUAUUCUAUAUUUGCGCAUUAAUUAAAU